AGAUGCGAAAUUUAAAGUAUUAUGCUCCGUUUAUCGUUGGUGCGCCACGAAACGAGCAUCGCUUGGACCUCGACAUGGUAAUUUUUUCACAACAGUUUCCGCGCGCUGACUUCCGCGAUUCCCAUAUUCUAGCAUAAUAUUGUCGGGCUGUGAAGUGGCAUUAUGCUAGGAAUAUGUGGUAUCGUAAGUUCAUCGUAAUCUUCCAUUUAAAAGAAAUUAAGAUAAAUCACUGUUCGUUCUUGAAGACUUUAUAGCUUAAAAAUUAAUCGGUAUUUGGAUGUUCUUCAACAUCGAGGAAUCGUAGUGUUCUUAAUGUGUAUAGCUAAUCAGUCGAUUUGUUUCUAUUUAUCUUCGCUUGAUGCAAUUCGAAGAGCGGCGGUUAUUUAUAUACCGCGAUUUACGAAUACAAAAUGACGGGGUUAUCGUUCGAGUCAUGCAAUUUUUAUUUUUUUUAAACAUCUUUGACGAAUGCUGCUACGAGAAGCAUUAGUUACGUUUGGAGGUUUGUCGUGAAAUUAUAUAUCGGAUUUGCGUUUGAAAUGCGCGUGGCAGUGGUGGGCGCCGGUGUGAUCGGCAUGACAAGUGCGUUCGCGGUGAAAAGCAGUUUUCCACAAUUCGAGGUGCAAAUAUUUUCGGAUAAAUUUUCACCAGCUACCACCGGCGACGGAAGUGCCGGUAUAUGGAGUCCUUAUCUUCUCGGAAACACUCCUUCUGACAAAAUAUCACAAUGGAGUGAAAUCACGUAUCGAUGGUUGGAAAACUUUUGGAAAGCGGGCUUGGCUUCUGAAAUAGGACUCUCCUUGAUACCGAUGUACCGUGUUACCAGUAAUCCCGAUGGUUUCCUCGAUCUAGCCUGGACGAAAGUGGUGUACGGCGCGUACGAACUAAAUCCCAGUGAAUUGGAGAAACUAAACGCAGAGUGGAAUGCCAAUUAUAAACACGGAUGGAUGUUCCUGACGUAUACGUGCGAGCCAGUUAAAUUGUUGCCUUGGUUAAUGAAACGAUUCCUCCAAAUAGGCGGAAAACUACGAAACAGGAAAAUUCACACGUUCAACGAACUAAUCGACGAUGGAUACGAUUUAAUAAUAAACUGUAGCGGCCUCGGUGCACGUAAACUCGUGGGUGAUAACGCCGUGAAGUCUAUCAGAGGUCAAGUUGCUAGGGUGACGGCAUCCUGGGUAAUGCACGGGUUAUUGGUAGACGACGACGAUGGCAAUUACAUAAUACCGAACAUCGACAGUGUAGUGUUGGGUGGUACGCACCAGGAGAACGAUUUCGACCUCACACCACGAAAAGAAGACUCAGAAUUCAUUUAUAACGGAUGUGUGCGCAUUUUACCUGCUCUGAAAGGAGCUGAAAUAGCGAAGGAGUGGGUUGGCCUGAGACCUGGAAGGUACCAAGUUCGUAUUGAAGCUGAAGUUUGCAGGUCUUCUCAAGGCAGACAAGUUACGAUAAUACACAAUUACGGACACGGAGGGAGUGGCGUGACGUUGUGCUGGGGCUGUGCUUUGAACGUUGUGAACAUCGUAGAGAAUACGACGAGUUUGAAAUCGAAUCUGUAAAGUCUUAGAUAAGCGAAAGAUAAUAAAAGAUCUUUUUCCAAAGAA